AUGCCCGUUUUCAAGUUUUUUGAGCCUUAUGUUUUGCGUGUUAAACAUGUCGCGUCGCAAGCUUUUUAUCGUCAUGGAAAGUUUUGCGCAUCGCACCAAGUCACCGUAAUCGUCUUGAUUAUUUUCAUAGUCUUACCACUCUUUUAUCCCGCUUUUGAAACAUAUUAUCUCAAUGCUGAUAAAUCGUACGGCCAGUCCUAUUUCUGGGAGUCGCCUUCUUCCCGCUCUCCCCUAAGCAAAGAAUCUUUUUUUAAAAAAUGUGGAACUCGACCUUCUCUACGCGUUGUAGAGAUAGUAAUAAAUGCAACUGGGACACAUCAUAAACAUCGAAUUGGUCAAGGAGAAGGCGUUUUGGACAAAAGUCUUUUGCUUUGGACCUGGCAUUUACAAGAUCUAAUUGCCAAAACCGAAAUAAUCUACCCUACAAAUGUUACCUCACCAUUAACUCCUCUCUCUGAUACUGCUUCGUCAGCAAGCUCACCGAAUAAGUACACGCUGUCAGAUCUUUGUUUUAAACCGUUUCCCAAUAAACCUUGUUUGAUACAUUCGCCUAUGGAAUUUUGGGAGAAUAGUCCCGAGCGCCUAAGAUCUGAUAGUGCAAUAGUAAAUACCUUGGCGAAGUCCAAUCCUAAAUCUUCAUUUAAUAUUCCCAUUCCUAUUGAAACAGUAUUUGGAAAUCCCAAAUAUGCGCAAAAUGGUAGAAUAAUUGGUGCGGAAUCAAUUAUAUUGACAUACUUUUUAGAAGAUAAGGGUGAUUGUGCAGAAGGAGUAACAACUGAAAUAUGGGAGCUUUUGUGGCAAAAAGUAACGAGAGACGAAGAUAUAUUCCAUGUUGCUGGCGCUAAUAUUAAUGACAUGAAGACUACGACUCUUGGUGAAUUAAAGCAUUUAUACUUUGAUUUCAAAAGGAAUCAUUACGAAAUUAACGCUGAAUACUUUUUAUUAGCACUUGGUUAUCUCGUUGGAUUUCUGUACAUUUCUUUUUCGCUUGGUAGAUUAAAUUUAGUCAAGUCAAAAUUUGGACUUGGAUUCUCCGCGGUUGCACAAGUAAUUGCAUCUCUGGUAGUAUCACUCAGCGUUUGUUCUCUUUUUGGUGUAAAAUUGACAUUAGUCCCCUGGGAAAUUUUUCCAUUCAUGAUGAUGAUUAUCGGGGUGGAAAAUUAUUACUUGUUGACAAAUGCGGUAACUUCUACAUUUAUGGAAUUGGAAGUUAAAGAGCGUGUCGCGAUUGGACUUGGAAAUGUCGGAUUUCAUAUAACCAAAUAUCUCGGAUGGGAGCUCUUAAUACUCUUGAUUUGUUCUGCAACAAAUAUUGAUUCUGUGCAAGAAUUUUGCCUAUUUACUUUUGCUGCAGUUAUCAUAGAUUACAUUCUUCAAAUGUCAUUCUUUAUUACGACCUUAUCGAUCGAUAUUCGUAGAUUAGAGAUAUCUGAUUUAUAUAAUAGAAGACCCAUGUUAACAAAUAAUAAAAGCAGAGAUAACAAACUUGAUAUGUGGAAUUCCAUAACACCAGGCAGGAUUGCUAGUUUUUUAGCAGUAAUUAAUUUACAAACUUCGACAUCCCUCAUGACGAAUUUCAAUCCUGGCACGACAAGUCCAGUUAACAAUACUUUCUGGGAGGCUGAUACAGCAGCAACUGCCAAUGCUUUUUGGGAAAUUGUCAAUCCCACAAAAACGCCUCGAUACCUGGAAAUUCGACCUACAAAGCUUGUCACGCUAGUAAGAGGAAAACCGGCUGAUGGAAAUGGUAAUAGAGGAUCAGCGCCAGUAAACAGAGUUAGCUACACUUUUGUCGAUUUGAAGCGCUAUAUUGUGAUUACUAUUAAAACAGCCGUUUGGUUCAUCAAAUUUGUAUUUGCUCCUGCUGUGGCUAUUGCAUUUGGAAUUGCAUUCUUAUUGCAUUUUCUUAUGUCACCUGAUCGAAAUAGGGAUAGAUUCUCGAGAUUGAUUAAUAAGAAUUCCAUAAUCCGAUUUCGUAAAAAAUCCGUUGAUUCUUCUGGUUGCUUUCUUCCAAGAGUACUCACCUUACGUGGUCGUCACUCUGCUGACGUUGAUUUGUUGUGUGCCAAUUCGAGUGGAAUGGUCAUUUCUACAGCCACAGAUAAACAUAUAACUUCAUGGAAUGGGCGAGAAGGUGUGCCUUUAAAGAAAUUGGAAAGAUACAUGCGUCGUUGCGCGACAUGCAAAUGUGGGACAACAGGCGGAAUGAAAAAAUGCAUAUCUUGGCCAGUUAGAACGAUGUGUAUGAGUGAAAAAGCUGAACUUUUCGCGGCAGGAUUUGAAGAUGGUGUUGUUCGCGUAUGGGAUAUUAAUUCGGGACAGGCGACUCAUAUACUAAAAGACACAGUUGAUGACGUAGAAUCUGUAAUGGCAGCAAUGAUUGGGUAUUCUCAAAACGAGCGAGUCACUUGUUUGAAGUUUGCUAUUCCUUCGAUGUCAAAAUCAAAAUCAUCAAGAUCCAAACCAUUUUUAACUGGAAAAUUCCAACCUGCGAUACUUAUUUCCGCUUAUCGAGAUGGGUGUAUUCGUGAAUGGGAUUUAGUUUCGGGCAAAAUCGUGCAUACAAUUGCCACGAACCAAAAGUCCGGUAUUAGUUGUUUAUGCGUGGUUGAUGAUGAAGAUCAGAAUCACACGAAUAAAGAUUUACGUCUAUAUUCUGGUGCAAAAGAUGGUUCAGUUCGAUGUUGGAUACGCAAGAUUGUUAAUGAAAAAGAAACUUUUAAUAAUAAUAAUUAUUACACCAAUGAGACAGAAGAAAAGGAAAAACCAAAAAGCCGAUGGAAACCAGUGUAUACGAUUGUCGGACAGGCCGGUAAUGCCAUUACAAGUAUUGCUUAUAAAGUAAUAAAGAUCAAAAAGAAUUUUUAUGGGAUAGUUGUUACGGGGGCUGCAGAUGGAGAAGUAAGAGCGUACGAUUAUGUGACUGGCAGUUAUAUCACUUCAUUAAGUCGUGGUACUUUAUGGAGACAAAGACGCGAACAAGAGAAACUACAAGCAAGAAUAUUGCAACAACAAAGACAACAAUGGCUACGAGAAAGACGAGUGAAUAAUAAUAAUGGUCUUGUGAAAGAACAUUUAGACUUGGAAGAUGAUAACUUUUAUCAUGAUUCAGAUGAUGAUGGUUUAGACGAUGAUUUAGAUGAUGAUUUAGACGAUGAUUCAGAUGAAUCAUCUGACGAAGAAAUUUUUCAUAAAAAAGCCAUCACGAGCAUUAUAAUCCAUCCACUAGAACAACAAAGCUGUCCAUGUGGUAAUGUCGAAACAGGCGGUGGAUUUUGGAUAGUUACAAGUUCACUUGAUGAGAAAGUGCACUUUUGGCAAUUAGCUCGGUAUGUGAUGGAUUGUAGUUGCAUGGCUUUACAGAUGACACCGUCAACGAAAUAUGAUGGAGGCAAUAUAACUCCAAAAGGAUUAUCAGCUUUUGAUAGUCGAAUAACUGAGUUACAUUAUGAUCCUCCGCAUCAAUAUCAUACAAUCAAUGAACAUUCUAGCCAAGAUGUAUUACAAUGGGAUGAAUUGGUGUCUUAUCGAUUAAAAUUCAUUGGUCAAGUUAAUCAAUUAGGCGCUUCAGCAAUAGUAUUUUUAAGAGAACACAUUAUGGGUGUGCGGCAAUUAAGGAACACAUCAAACAUUAAAAAUUCAACUUCAAAUCCGCAAAGAAGUAAUGGUGCUGAAGGCGAAUGGGAAGAGCUAUCAGUGCGAACAAUACCUUUAAUCGAUGAAAACGAUUCAAUCGCACAAGAACAACUAAGAGAUAAAACUUUUAGGAGAUCAGAUAAAAUACCAAAAUUUGUAACUCCACAACCAAGAAAUGGUUAUAAUUGGAGCACUAAAAGUCAUGGAACUAAUAUUAAUAAAUUAACACCAUCGCCAGUCGCAUCAACACCCACUAUUCCUUUAUCGCCACAUGAACACAAUGAACACCAUGAUCACGAGCAUUCAAACGAUGAAUAUCACGAAGAUGAAGACGAUCAUAGUCAAAUCGUUGGCCAAGUCGUUGAUUACCGGCAGCGGAAUGUAAGACGGCGUGGAACUGUACUACACAGGGUGUACCCGAAUAAUAUUAACAACACCAUAAAUAAUUAUAAUGCAAUGGUAACACAGAUUGAUGAAGAAGAAGCUCAAAUGAAUGAACUUUUACCAUUUGCGUUUGUGAGACAAGUAGUUAAAAUUGGAGAGGAUGGUAUUGCAAUUGGUUAUGGGAAUUUCGUUAAAGUCGUAUUAUUCGAUGAAAUUGAAGGGUUAUUAUCACCACCACCGUCAUCAACCACUGCUAUAUGA